AUGCCGUGCAAGUUUCUCGAGCAGUACAGGGACCCGCGGCUGAACGUAGCAAAGGUCGUGUCCGUCUUGCCGAGCUACUCUCACCCGGUCUACAAGAGAUACGUCGACGAGAAGAUUCGAGCCAAGACCUUUCACGAUGUUCGAGGCCCUGCGUUCGCCAAGGCCGGCUUUUUCUGCUCGCACGACGACGAGCAGGGCUACCUCUCCCGCGAACAGAUAGUGACCCGCAUAAUCGUUUGUUUCUACUGCGGGGUGCAAGUAUUUUCGAUCCUCGACUGCGAAGAAGACGAUCCGUGGCUGCUACACGCCCGCAGGUCCCCCAAUUGCGUGUUUCUACGAGUGAACAAGACCUAUUACUACGUGCACGAUGCAGUCGAAAAGUUUUACAGGAGCGAGAUGUACUGGGCGUCUCACUUUCCCGAGAUCGACGAUCUCGUCAAGGACCCAAAGUUCCGCAACAGGACUAUGAGUACUCUGUACACGGCCAACCUGACGCAUCCCUUGAACGUAUCGGCGAUGGUGAGUGCCAUUCGGAGCAGCAAGGCGACUCCGUUGGGCAGUCACACUCUGUUUGAAGGCUGUCGGUGCAUCGUAAGCACGAAGGCUCCGGCUAACAUUGCCUACUUGCCGUGCGGACACUGCGUGUCGUGUUUCGACUGCACCAUAUUAUUCAAACAUUGCAAGGCCUGUAGACUCAAAAUCGACUUUAUUUCUAGAGUCUACUUUGCUUAA